UGAAUGGCGUCUGCCUCUUUUCUCUUCUCAAAGUCGUCCCGAGGAAGUUAUCCGUCACCACAACCUGCUCAUACCAUCAGGAGUGCCGUUGUUCACGCGUCCCUUGGGGAAAAUGUGAAUCAGGAGCCCCCGUUAGUUCAGGUCGACUAAACGUAUCAAAUUGGUGCUCGUCAUGGCGGGCGAAAGGGCGAGCCAAUGAGCGCGGGCGAGACAGAGCGUUGUGUGCGAGGCCAUGGCAGGCGGCUGCGAGCCUAUUUCCCGCUGAAGCAAGUCUUUUCUCGGGAAGCAAAGACCUUUUCCGCCUCUCCCCCUCCUUUGAGUGUUCGUAAGUGCAGGCCAGCGGGCGACAUGUGCGAGUGAGGGCGCGGGGGCGUGAGGAGAGAGACGCAAAUGGCGAGAGAUGAGCUGGGUCACGUGACCUUGCGCUGAAAAAUGGCGGCGGAGUUUGGGAAGGUUUGAAGGCGACGCGAGAGAUGUCAGUCGCGUUGGUUUGUUUGUGUUUACGCUGAUCAGGGACCAGCGCCCUCGCCACAGGUGCUCUCAGCCUCCGGACCGGCGAAAUGUCCGAGAGGAAGAGGAAAAGAGGGCGGCCUCGCUCCACUCCAAUGCUGAGUUAUGGGGCAGAGAUGAAGAUGAGAAAUAGCGUAACGAGAAUAAUUAAGAAGCCGAGAUACCUCUUAGAUCAGGAGGAGGACAGCAACCCCUCGAGGUCGUGCUCGCCCUCAAGAUACCCCGAGGGCGGGGAGUUUCGCGGCGUCGGCGGUGCCCACAGCAAGAACAAGCGGGGAUAUAACCCUGACAUCGACGACAAGGACUCGGAGUACCUGUAUGGCUCUGACUUCGAGGUGGAGGAGAUCUCAGAAAAGGAGGAGUACAGUGACUCCAGGAGCGUGAGUGACGAUGACAUAGACAUAGGGGAGUUGGAUGAGGACGAGGGACUGUCAGAUGGGGAGGCGUCCAUUUCCAGCUUCAGCACCAAUGGAGGGACACCCUCCAAAGUGCCUAGCUCACGCCCUCAGACGCCUAUCCCUGUGUGGCUGCAGGACCGGGAUUAUCCUCCCCUGGAGCUGCCCGAGUCGUCCGAUGACCUGCUCCUACCCCAAGCCUAUGUCCUGCGGGCCGUGAGUAUCUACGAGGUGUUGCGGCAUUUCCGCACACUGGUGCGGCUCUCACCCGUGCGGUUUGAGGAUUUCUGUGCAGCUCUUAUGGCGGAGGAACAAAGCUCCCUGCUGGCUGAGGUGCACAUGAUGCUGCUGAAGGCCCUUAUUCGGGAGGAGGACUCUCAGCAGACCCAGUUUGGGCCCCUCGACCAGAAGGACUCCAUCAAUGUCAUCCUCUACUUUAUUGACGCGCUGACCUGGCCAGAGACUCUCCGGCUGUACCUGCAGAGUGACUAUGAGUUCAGAGACACACUUUCCAUCCUGGACAGUUGUGACUACCCAUACACAUCCCUCGAGAACAGGUUUGUUUUGCCGUUCCUGUGUGACCAGUUCCUACAGACUUCAGUAGUUCGGGAAGAUCUACUAAGUGAAGGCAAGCUUCGAUAUGAUGAUCACUGCCGUGCCUGUCAUAAGACUGGAGAUCUUCUCUGUUGUGACUCAUGUUCUGCUGUUUACCACUUAGACUGUGUAGAUCCGCCACUCCAGGAUAUUCCUGGAGAAAUGGAGGAUUGGACCUGUAGUGUUUGCACAGCUCAUCAGGUUGAAGGGGUAACUGACUGCAUUUCUCCAAUGGAAACCUCAGGGAUACUAUGCAGGCAAGACCCAUUAGGAUUUGAUCGACAUGGCCGAAAAUACUGGUUUUUGGUCAGAAGAUUAUUCAUAGAAACAGAGGAUGGUGAAUUGUGGUACUAUUCGACACGAGCACAAUUUGAGGAGGUUUAUAGUCUGUUGGACAGUGCAGACUUGGAGGAGGAGCUCUGCAGUGCACUUCUUGAUGUGAUGUCAGAGAUAAAAAGACACAUGUCAUUAACAGAGAGCAUCACAGAAGAGAACAAAGGGAACCGGAAAUCUCGCCUUGAAGUGGAAGAUGCUGAUGUAGCAAAAAGGAUUGCUGAAAGAAGAGAACAAAAGGUGAAAAAGGAACAAGAAGGAUUAGAUAAGUUGAUUGAAGAGAUCAAGGAGGAAGACAUCAAGACAGAAAUAAAGGAAGAGCCAGUAGAGUGUGACAUGAAGACCGAGGAAGGCCACGUCUCAAGUCUUGAUCCGUUCACUGGUGAGAUUCAUGAGAAGUCCUCUAAACCCUCUAGUGUCCCCAGUGUUGAUGUCAAAGAGGAAGUAGAGGUCAAGGAGGAGCACGAAGAUGAGGAGAAGAGCAGUGAGAGUGGUAUCAAGACUAGGACCAAGACCGGCACAAUCACCCCCAAGCAAUUUGCUGUUGAUGAUUUACGGCGACGCCUGCCAGUGGAGGAUAAGGACAAGGACAGCAGCAAGAAGUCUUCAGAUGAUGCAGCAGUGCACAAGCUCACACAGAGUAAGCUGGCUCAGCUUCAGAGCAAUGAUCAUUUGUAUCGACUGGGAUGUGAUGGAAAAUAUAAGAACUAUGUCAAUCAGUAUUCCACAAAUGCCCUUGCUCUCAACAAGUUGCAGCAUAAUGAGGAAAGGGAUAAACGAAGACAUUUGUCACACAAAUUCAGCCUAACCUCAAAUGCAGACUUCAAGUGGAAUGGAGUGCUUUAUGGUAACAAGGAAUCCCUUGUAUCAACUCUUCGUCACAGUGUAUUGGCCUUAGAACAGAAUAUAUCUGUUCACCUAUUCCAUCCCCACUGGCCUAACAUCCGUAAGGCCUGGAAUGUAGCAGUGAUGGCUUCUACUGAGCCACGGCACUUCUCCAGGGUCCUUAUGUGGCUGGUGGCCUGUAUUAAACCGGUGGUCUUUAAUCCCGUGUGGCAUGAAUCCCUUGGGCAUGUCAGGUUUAACCGAGUAACAGCACUAGAGAGAGAAGAGAAAAAGAAGCAAGAGAAGAGAGAAAAGAAAGAUAAUGAUCAAGAGGAAGUCAGACCUGUGACUAUCAUAAAGUACACUCUGGGGCUGAAGCAUCAGGUAUGGAAGUUGAAAGGUGAAGAAUAUAGAGUGCAUGGCAUGUGGGGCUGGCAGUGGUUGUCAUCACACAGGCGAGCCCCACACACCCCCAUGUCUACUGUUGGUCUUCGUUCUGGUGGAGAAAAGUACAUGGUGCCCAUCAAAAGCCCAACUGGACUACGCAGUCUUUCAAUCAACUAUGCUGUUUAUAAGCAACUGGCGUCUAAAGCGCCAUCCUUAAAGCCGUGCCUCCUCUCUCCUAACCAAAGGUCUCAAGAGAUGGUGGUUGAAUCUUCUUCAGAGGAGAAGAAAAACGAAAUCAUAAUAGCUAGUACAACUGGUCAGCAGAAAGUUGUAGUUGGCACAGUAAAACUUGAAGAUUAUUUUGAGGAUGGUUUGGUCAAUGUGUCUGAAGCCCUCACCUCACGUUCACGCUUCCUUUACCCCAAAGUUGCCAAAACCUCUGUUCUUGACAGUUUGUUAAGUAGACGGAUUGCUCUCCGUUCACAAGAAGAGAAAGAUCUUGCCACCAAGAAAUCUCAGUGUGGAGAAACAAAGAAAGACGAGGAGGAAGAUGAAAUUGAUGUUGAGAAUGACGACUCGGAUGCAACACUCAGUGACAACUCAGAUCAUGAGAACAUUGAUGAGAUCCCAGACUCCCAACGGUCUACCAUACACAAACAGAGACCUGCUGGAAAUUUACUUAAAGAAGUUCGAACUUUAAAAGCCAAAUAUGAGACUCUAGAUGAGCUUGAUGGCAGUUAUUCUUGUUACUCAGUGAUAUGUAGAAGUAGUGGAAGGUGCCAUUGUUACUCUCCUUUGUGCCUGUUAAAGAAUAGGACUAAAGACAGAUUAAUUAAUAGUGUUAAAAAUUAUAGAAUAGUUACCAGUAAGCCUGCUCCUUUUGAUGAAGUAGGAGCCCAUAGCCCAGUCAGAUUGACAGAUUCUAAUGCAAACUCUGUUACAAAGAAAGAGACUGUUAGUGAAUCUGUGACUCCACCUACCAGUACUGUAGGAACUACUGUGAAUGGGCAAGUGAAUAGUGCUACAUCAAACUCAGUUGAGGUGACGCAAUCAAAAUUAGAGUGCAGUGAUUCAAGUGAUGGAAGAUCCUCCAGAGCCAGUAGUGAGAUUAAGAUAAGAGUGGAUGAGGAUUUAGAUGAAACAAGCCAAGGAUCUGUUAAUAUGGAAAACAAGUUUUCCCUGAAAAAUGACAGAAUUUAUAGUAAUGAGUGUCCUUCUGGCAAGGUGUACCUGAAGAAACUACCUAGUGAGAGCAAACGAAUACGUAAAUUGCAGCACAGGAUACCACAGCUCUCUACAUUCAAAAUUGGCAAAAAAACGGGUAGUGGUGACAACAGAAUAAGUAGUAUAUUAGUUUUACCUAGAUGGGAACUGCGUACGUUGGCAAGAAAGGGUGGUCGGUACUAUAUCAGUGGAUUUAACCACAAUGCCAAAGCAAACAAUGUUGUAUGGCCUUAUCCUUGUUCAAGACCUGUGUUUAAAACAACUUGGCAGUACAGAACAGCAAAUAUACCAUCAUUAAACUCAGCUGCAAUGCAGUUAAGAAUAUUCUGGGUGUGUCUGCGUUGGGAUGAUAUGCAAGAAAAAGGUCCAGGGGAUGGUAGGAAGCAAAUCACAACAGACAUGGAAAUUAUCCAAACAGAAAUUUUGAAAAGAAAGCAUUCUGGACGCUUCCUGGAGAAAACAGAAUAUCUGCGGAGAAAAGUGACAAUACCUUUUGAUGUUCCUAAACCUGUAAGAGGUAAGAAAAAUAUUUUCCUUUAGU